CUGGUGCCCUGGUGCCCUGCUGCCUGCUGCCCUGCUGCCUGCUGCCCUGCUGCCCUGGUGCCUGCUGCCCUGGUGCCCUGCUGCCCUUGCUUUCCGUGGGCUCCGGACCGCCGAACGAAGGGUUGCUGCUGCUGGGGAGGGUCCUCUCACUUCCUGUCCGUCUCCAUUACAUUUUCAAAGCACUGAGAGUUUCCAGCGGAGUAUAUUUGCAGGAUACGUCAGUUUCUUGACAUCGUGUCUGUGUUCAACUACUUAAAACUUCCCCCCCCCCCCGUAACCGUAUUGAGUGUUUGAACUAAAUUCACAUGGCUCCAGCGAGCCGGCCAGGCCCCGUGCAAGUCCCCAUCAGGAACAUGAGGUUUCUUACUACACACGGUCCAACCGGUGCGACCUUAAACACAUUUAUAGCGGAGCUUAAGAAAUACGGAGUUACUACAAUAGUAAGAGUAUGCGGAGCGACCUACGACACUGCUCUUGUGGAGAAAGAGGGCAUCCAGGUCCUGGAUUGGCCUUUUGGUGACGGUUCAUCGCCAUCUAACCAGAUUGUGGACGACGGGCUAAGUCUCGUAAACGUCAGAUUUCGCGAAGAGCCCGGUUGUUGUAUUGCUGUUCACUGCGUUGCAGGUCUCGGGAGGACUCCAGUGCUCGUGGCCUUAGCACUAACUGAAGGUGGAAUGAAAAACGAAGAUGCGGUACAGUUUAUAAGACCAAGCGACGCGGAGCUUUUAACAGCAAGCAACUUUUGGAUUUGGAGAAAUGCCGUUCCCAAAUGCGGCUGCGCUACAAAGACCCCAGUGGUCAUAGGAACAACUGUUGCAUUCAAUAAAACUUGGCUCCCUGAUGCUGUUGCCUUGGAAAUGGAACUUGAGACAGGACUUCCUUGUGGAAAAUCGGAUUUAGUGUCUAAACCUAAAAGUACUCCUUUCAGAAAAUUAAAGACCAGACUGUCAGCUGCUAGAAGGGAGAGAUCUUCACCUGUUUGCCACAAGCAAUUAUUAAUAAGUGGAUUGAGGAGAGGUUCCUGUGUAGUUGAUGGACACUGUUCAUGAAAUGAUGGAGCUGACCUGCCCCGCAACACUAGGAGAAAGCUGCCCUAGUGGGGCUUAUCCUACAACAGGUUGCCCUGGCAACGUGGUCAAAAUCAGUGGCUGGAAGAAUCCGUGGCCUGUCAUGGUCCAUGAGCCUAGUUGCAGAUGGCUUUGGUGGCAUCUCCUCUGUUCUAGGCAUCAUGUGGGCACUGCUGGGAAGCAAGGGGCAGGUAAGCUAUGUCCCCUCA